CUUCUACCACCACCACUGCUGCGCUGGCUACCUCACUCUGUUGUUGUUGCACCAAUGCCGCUGCUCAAGUAUAAGCGGACAUUGUGUCUAUGCUCUGCAACCUUGUUUGUUGCCUCGGUUGGCUUUUCACUGAGUGUGCUUGCGACUGUUGUUUCUUUCUUGGCGACGACUUAUUUUUGGAGCGACCCUCCACCUCCCCCCGCCAGUAUUCUAUUACAAGCCCCCAAGUUGUCCCCAGCGUUUCGCAUCGACAAAGAUGAGAAAGCUCGGGCUAUUGUGGCAUCCACUCCUUCAUCCACUUCAUCUCCUCCACCAAUACGAACCACAGUUAGCAUAAACUCGGCUCGGUCAGUCAGUCCGAGACCGACCCCGCCCCGCAGCGACAUUGAAACGCCGCAGCAAUCAGCACUACAACUGCCUGGUAGUCCCACCGAGCGGUCACGUUCUCCACGCCGAAGAAAGACUUCGCCGUCGCCUUUGCGCUCUCUGCCCCCAACAAACACGCGCCACGCGUAUCAAAUCGAGCGGGAUGUUGAGCCAGAUAUUCCGAAGAUCGCGCUUUCUCCUGCCCCGGCCAAGCUGCAUUUCGAAGAAACGCGGCCUUCCACUUCUACUAGUUCAACACUUGUCGCCUCCGAGCCAGACGAGUUUGCCUCACACCGCGGUCGGAAACCCGGCCGUUUGCGGUCCAAGAUCGUUCAGCUGUUUGGUGGAGACAAGAAACGGGAAAAAUCAACCUCGAGAGUGAGAAAGCAAGAACAUGUGCAGCCUCCUCCUGCUCCUGACAGGCGACACUCAAUGCCUCCCCCGACAAACAACACGCUUUCUUUAACAAUACCGCAAUCCUCAAGUUUUGUUCCACCGCCAGAGCCAAUGAUGUGCUCCGAAAAGGACAGGUCACGCUCUCUAAUGCUCCGUGUAGCUUCGUGCCCCAUCAUGCACCACAGCCGACAAGACAGCAUUCCAGACACAGCAUCAAGUCUGCUCUCUCCCACAACCGAUUCGGCGCCAUCAUCUCCUUCAACAUCUCCACUUUCACCCACCAUACAGCUUCCCGCCGCUGAUCCUGAAGAGCCCCAGACGCCGCAACGGAAAUCGAGGUCCAAAUCAUUGAAGGCCAGAAAUCCGUGCAAAUCGGGGCCGAGCACGCCGACAACGCCCACCCCAAAGCUACGAACUCAGCCAUAUGCAGCACCGUAUUUCAUCCCCACGCCAGAUACGGAUGGUGUUGAAGAACCGCUGUCACCGUCGACUCUGACGCGGGAGAGGGAACGGAGGAAUCCAAGUCGGCGACGGACGAUGCCACCGGAAAGCGAAACCAGCCCGACAAGCAUCAAGCCGACGAGAAGGAUGUCGGGGUUGGGUAUGGAGGUCUUCACUGCAGCAGAUUUAGCAUCUACAUAG